CUGGCAGCGUCUGACUGGUAGUGGUGGUGAUGCACACGCGCAACGGCAACGCGACGUACGUUUUGUAACCUGCCACGACUCUCGCGCAAAGUUGUCACCGAGCGCGUCCAUUGGUAACGUGCAUCGUUUGUCGGCGCAUACGGGUCAAUUGUAAAAUUGCUCGUGGAGGUACGUGCCAUGCGUUCGUGACGUCACGCCAAGUCUAGAGCCGCUAGUAGCAGUAGCUGAAUGAAAUUUCACUCCUGACGAGUACGUGCUCGCGUAACGAUCGACGAUCAACGAGAUUCGGAGUGAUGGCACUGGUACGGCAGCUACGGAGGCUGUCUCGCACGUUCCUCGCCGUGGGCCCGAUCCGCACCGGACGUAAGGUCGAGCAAGUGACCUUGGCAAGAGCCGCGUCCACCACGCAAUCACGACCGCUCCCUGAGAAAGAAGAGGUGAGCAUAACGUUUGUUAAAGCCAAUGGAGAGAGGAUAAAAGCAAAGGGAAAGGUAGGGGAAAAUAUCUUGGACAUUGUGGUAAACAAUGACAUCGAUCUAGAUGGUUAUGGUGCUUGCGAAGGUACGCUGUCAUGCAGUACUUGCCACCUGAUCUUCCCUAAGGACGUUUUCGAUAAUCUUCCAACCAAGGCUACCGAGGAGGAGAUGGACAUGUUGGAUUUGGCGUUCGAGCCAACAGAAACAUCCAGAUUGGGAUGUCAGAUAACAAUGACCAAAGACCUGGACGGUCUUGAAGUGAGAGUACCAGCUACUAUUAAUGACGCAAGGAAAUAACGAAUGAAUCAACUAUGUCUAUAAAGCCUAUUUGGUAUGUACAGUUGGUCUGUAUUCCAUAUAAUUGCGCAGAUCAGCUCCAUAUUUAGUAAAAUCUGGUCAAACGUUUUAGUAUAAAAUAUAUCGAAUACAAAGACUCACACGUUAUGUAUAUAGUAGCAACAAAAAUAAUUUUAAAUCCGAAGAACAAAAAUCUAACAAUAAUUUACUUGGAAAUUGUAUAUAUAUAUAUGAGCAAUAUAUAUGAACAAUUAUAUAUGUACACAGGUGGUUGUGUAAAUAUUUUGUAUAGAAACAAAAAGGUGCAUAGCCAUGUUUUUAGCGCAAUUUCAAGUAUUGUGAAUUAACGUAAGAUGAACAAAUAAAUAAAUUCUAUUUGUACAUUG